GACUCCUCUGACCUCUGGAGGACAAGUUGGUGGCUUUAAGGUGUUGGGGAUCAUGAAUUCCAACAUUAUAUACAGAGGCCUUUAUCUGGUCCAAAUGCUGUAGAGAGCUAUGGGCAGAGCUCAACCAGUUCUGUAAAAUUACCUUUCAACGGUCAUCGCAGUGAGAGUCAUUGUCAUGAUUAUUAAAGCAUCUUUGCCCCUGAUGUAAGAAAAUAUAUGGGACCCCAUCAGUCACGUACCUCAACAAUCACUUGACUCUACACUAAUUAAGUGUGUUGGCAGCUCUGAUAUCGGCAAAAUGUCUGUCCAUACGAUCUUGGAGGGAGAUGCCUGUUUUGGCCAAUGUAUUGAAUAUAAUAUUUUUUGCAUAAACUACGGAGGUUAAACAAUGACGGAUUCUACAGAGAAUUCUCCAGAUAAGGAGCUGAUGAAUGACACUGGGGAUAAGAAUGGACCAGGGGAACAACUCGUUAAGGAGGACACAACUACCUCAGAACAAACUGAACCAAAUCCAUUUGAAAUCACCUUAUCAGAAUUCAAACCAGAUCCCAAACUUAUCAAUGUUCACCAAUUCUAUCCAUCUUUGGAACAUCAGUUCCACAAAUCUGCAUCCAGGUUUGAGGAGGAGCAAAACAAAAGAACUGAAGUUGCCAUGAAAGAAAUUGUUCACGAGUCAUCCACAUUUGCUCUGACAGAUAAUGAGGGUACCAUGGUUACAACAGAUGUGGAAAGCACUCAAGAUUCCUUACAGAUCCGCAGUAAGGGGGAGAACACUGAUAGAAAUGAGGAUGAUUUUAAUAACUCAAGCGUGCAGAGAGGAAUAGUGAGAACAAUUUUUAUGAGCAAAGAAGGGGUCUUUAGCACUGCAGUCAGUGAGGAAACAAUACAAAAAGCAAAGGCAAAAGGAAAAAGCAUAUUCCAGACAGAGGAAUGGGGGGCGGUGGCUCAGUACUCUCCAGGGAUGCAGGAAAUCAUCGACCAGAGAGCAUUAGAACAUUUCAAUGAUGCUAUGAAAGCGAAAGAAGAGGGAAAUUUUGAGCAGGUGUUGAAAAGCAUAUCAAAAGCUAUGGGACUACGGGCUGAUUCUGUCUAUUAUGUCGAGAGAGCUGAAGCCUUUAUACAAAUGUGUGACUUCCAAUCUGCUAUUUUGAAUUACAAGAAAGCAUGUCUAAUGGACCCAGACAAUGCUGAAUACUAUUCCAGACUGGCCUUUUUGUAUUAUUUUAUGGGACAAACACUCUUUGAUCAGAGGCUUUAUCCUGAGGCUUUAGAAUCUUUUGCAAGAGCAGCUGAGAUGAACCCUGACAAUACAGGCUAUCAUAUCAGAAGCAUGACAUGUUUGGCUGCUCUACAGAGGCAUGGAGAAUGUCUGGCCCUGGUCAACAAGAGAUUAGAGACUGACAAUGACAACCCCGAUCUAUAUAUCAUGAGGGCAAGGCUACACGAGAUGUUUAGAAAUACAACCCUCUGCUACUAUGACAUCAAAGAUGCACUCCAAGUUGAUCCGGAUCACCAGGAGGCUAAGGUCAUGAUGACCAAAAUGGAGACAAGAGCACAGGACAACAAACGGGAGGCAAUGCAGCUGAACUUGAUGGGAAAACAUCGUGAAGCCCUCCACAAGAUUUCAAUAGCUAUAGAUACCGACCCUAUUGUGGCAGAUUUUCAUGUUUUAAGAGGAUCACUGCAUCGACGAUUAGGUGAUUACAAUGCUGCAAUUGAUGACUUCCUUUUGGCGCUUGACAAAUGUGAACACAAUGAAGAGUCACCCGUGUACAUUGACUCGCAGAGACAACUUCUGUUGACUUACAAUGACUUUGCUGUUGAAUGUUUUACUAAAGGCUUCUAUGAGGAGGCCAUCAUAUUACUCAAUAAGGCUAUAAAGGGAGAGAAGCGUGAGAAAGGAUUAUAUAUCAACAGAGGAGAUUGCUUCUUUCGUCAGAACGACUUUAACUUUGCCCUACAGGACUACUGCCAGGCUCUUGAACUGGACUCGGAUGAUGAAAAUAUCAAGUCUCGCAUUUCUGUCAUAUACAACGAGUUUGGAGUUACAGCCUAUCAAGACAAAAAUUUCUCUGAAGCUGAUUCCAAACUCACACAAGCAAUACAGUACAAUCCAAAAGUUGGUCAGUAUUACAUUACAAGGUCCAGAUGCCGAUAUAUGUUAGAGAACAUCCACAGUGCCAGGCUAGACCUGAUUAUGGGACUUUUAUUGGACCCUACAAAUGAGGAUGUCAUCUCUAUUUUAUCUCGUCUGUUUCCUGGGAAGUCUAUUGGGGAUGUUGUCAAUAGCAGAGCAGCUGACCCUGCUAAAAUAGCUGUCCGAGCAAUACUCAACAUUCAACCUCAAAAACCUCGAACCAAGGUCACUCACGAUGCUCUCACAGAAAGUGGAGUGCUGGACAGCCAUGCUACAGGCCCCGUCCUGCCCAAAUCUGCCCAAACUAUGUGGAGCCAAGCAGAAACAGAUAUAUCUACAGUAGAGGACAGUCUUGUUAAACCUGGUGGCUGCUUCCCUCCUCUGAAGGCCUGCAUGAAAGAGAGAGACUUUAACAUAAGACUUGCCAUUGAAAAGAAGCAGGUUCAUGAGGAAGUCACUGUAGCUUUCAAAGACAGAAGGACUCUGCGAUAUGAUGGCGCCAGAGUUCAGCCUCUCCCGCCACCAGCUCCCAAACCCCAAUCACAGAAAUCUCCACCCAGGGAAAGAUUCAUCAAGGAUGUGCUUGGUGUAAAGCAAAAGGUCAUAACCUACAACUGGCGAAAGUUCACAAUGGGAAUCGGUCUCACUGAUGUUAAAGACAUUGGAUAAAUGUCUGAUAUAGAGCUAGAGACAGAAGGUUAAAUAAUGUCUGUGCUGAAAUUGUGUGAAUGUUUUAUACAUGUGUAUGUUCUUCUCUCUGUGUGUGUGGACAUAAAUGAGCACACAGGUGUAGAAGAUUUUGACAAUUAUCUUAUUGAUGAUUACUUUUUAAAGAUAAGAAAUAUAUGAAUUAACAAGAAUGCUUAUGCAUAUCAGGUAUGUACAUGUAUUUGUGAAUUGAAAUGAAGAUAAUAAGACCUCUGUCAGAUGCUGAGUUAUAACACACUGAGACAGUCAUUCAUUUUCAUAUCUUCAUGUACAUGUUAAAGUUUAACUUACAGCUUGUAUCAGAGAUAAACUUUGAUUGUAAGUUUCACAGUUGACUUUGAGCUGUCUCCUUAGAUACAAAGUUGUUUUCUUGUCACCAUACACCACCAAGUCAAAACUAUCUCUCCAUGCACCACAAUCUUACUCUGGUUAGGAGUAAGAUUUAGAAGGCCUGAAGAACAAGGCAAGGAGACAGAAAUUCUUGCAGAAUGUUUACAAACUUUUCUUUGAUGAACAAAUAUUGUAUGAAGUACUGCAUUGUUAACUCUUUGUAUUGCUUAAGACAUGACAUUAUCACAUAUAAGAUACUGUUUUGCUACACUCCCCAUGAGAUAAUAGAAAUAUAUAAGUCGUUAUCUUCAGUACCAUUAAUCUAUAAUGCAUUACUGUCUAUGGGUUAUAAACACAAAAAAAACUUGAGUUCACACUUGAUUGAAUUAUUUGUUAUAAACCUCCCCUGAUGUGGUGUUACUUUGAACUUGAAUAGAAGAUUUAGAAAUGAUGCAUGUCUGUUGAAUUUGGUGCUGUGAAUUAAUUAAGAUGACCACUCACAUGUUGGAUUUGUUAUUUAUUGUCAUAAAAAUAAAAUCAUGAAACCACU